AUGCCGCAGCAUCAAGGGGGACCCCGUAUUACGGGGGCGCACCUUAUCAGCUGCAAGGACGUGAAAAAGGCGCUGUGUCCUGUCUAUCCAAGUCUGAGCGGUGAUGCCAAGGAGCAGCGGCUCAAACUACUCUACGAGUGGCGAAUCCAUGUAACACUACAUGUAUAUGAGGAGCGCUGCAAAACUCCGGCUGUUGCUGUGAUGAACGCGCGGACACGUCAGGGGCAAGUCACCCCAGCCGCAGCAAACGAGUCCGCAGCAACUUUGGUAUUGAAGUCCAGCAAAAAAAUGCUGGAACUUCACGUUCAAAAAGACACUGUUAGCGAGCGUGAGCUGCGAUUGAUAGGCAGUUUUGUUAGCAAUAUUUCAUCGGACGACGAGCUCAGCUUCUCCGACCAUGACGACUUUUAA